AGGUUGAAGAAAUACAAAAAGUUUGAAUAUAUAACCUUGCUUCUUCCAAGGCACAAGGUCAACCAAUAGAGAAGGAGGAUCCGACAAAAGUACGAAAUUCCGAUCUUUCUACUUCCAUGUGUAGCUAUGAGAAUUUACCAAACCAUGAACUUGCCAACUUGAAACAAGAUCAUGAAGUAGUUUUAGUCAUGGUUCCAUUUCCAGCUCAAGGCCAUCUUAACCAACUUCACCAACUUUCAUGUUUAAUCUCCUCCUAUGGUCUUCCUGUCUACUAUGUUGGCUCGGCCACACAUAAUCGCCAAGCCAAGGUUCGGGCCAACGCCUUAAAUCCUUCAGACAUAGCCAAAAUCCAUUUCCAUGACCUCCCAACUCCUGAAUUUGCCUCACCACCACCUGGCUUUAAUGCCUUAAGCAAAUUCCCGUCACAUCUUCAGCCAUCAGGGGAUGCUUCUAUGCUUCUUCGCGAGCUCAUUGCUUCUUUCAUACGCGAUAUCUCCGCAAAAUCAAGACGAGUUGUCGUUGUGCAUGAUUCUUUAAUGUCCUACAAUGUUCAGGAUGUUUCUUCCUUGCCCAACGCAGAAUCCUAUAUAUUUAAUUGCAUUUCAGUGUCCACUUUGUACUAUUUCAUAUGCCUAUUUUAUGGGAUGUCUGUCCAACUUGGAGAAGAAUUGCUUAAAAAGCUACCCUCCCUUGAAGGAAUUAUAUCAGAUGAAGUCACGGAAUUUACAAAUUCUCAGAAUCCAUAUAUGGAUAUUAGAUCAGGUGAUAUCCACAAUACAAGCAAAGUAAUUGAAGGCAAGUUUCUUGAUUUGCUGGCACAAGCAGAAAUUAAUCAGAACAACAAACAAUGGGCAAUUGGACCAAUUCGGCCUACUAAACUCGAUCAUAUCCCACAUAGGAACAAUAUAUGUUUGGAGUGGCUAAACAAACAACCUCCGAGAUCAGUUCUUUAUAUAUCUUUUGGAACGAUGACUUCUUUUCCCGAUAGAGAAAUCAAGGAGCUCGCGAUGGGAUUAGAACAAAGCAAACAGAAGUUCAUAUGGGUGUUGAGAGAUGCCGAUAGAGGAGAUAUCUUUACUGGCAAAGCUAGAAGAGUUGAUCUGCCAGAAGGGUUUGAGGAAAGAGUAAAACAUGUACGCUUAGUGGUAAGAGAAUGGGCACCACAACCAGAAAUCCUGGCUCAUUCGUCCACAGGCGGGUUCACAAGUCAUUGUGGAUGGAAUUCUUGCAUAGAGAGUAUUACUAUGGGAGUGCCAAUAGCUGCUUGGCCUAUGCACUCUGACCAACCAUAUAAUGGUUUCUUGGUGACUGAAAUAUUGAAAAUAGGCCCGCUUGUUAGAGAGUGGGAGAAACGCGAGGAGCUAGUAAGUGCAUCCACCAUUGAGAAUGUCGUGAGCAAAUUGAUGGCAUCAAAAGAAGGUGACGCGAUUAGGAAAAGAGCAGAAGAAGGGAGAAGCCGUAAGGCGGUCCACAGAGAAAGGGGAUGCUUCUUGACUAGAGUUGGAUUCUUUUAUCGCGUAUAUCACAAGAUAGAAUUGCUUUUCACCAGAAUUUUAAAGUAUUUUGGUUACUUUUCAUAUUCAUUUAAGUUAACCUGUCACUUAUCUACUUCUUGGCUCAGACUAGUUUAUACUAACUUAUACUUCUUUGAUAUUGGAAUGUUCAGUAUCUGACUUUUUAUGGCUA